AUGGCGGCGACCUCGAACAUGUUUCUGUAUUCCUUGACCAUUCAGCCGCCGACCACCAUCACGCAGGCCAUCGUGGGACAGUUCAGUGGCACCAAGGAACAGCAGAUCUUGACAGCUUCGGGGUCGCGUCUCACCUUGUCGCGUCCUGAUCCCUCCCAGGGAAGAGUCACCACCCUCCUCUCCCAAGAUGUCUUUGGCAUCAUCAGGUCAAUUGCCGCCUUCCGCCUCGCUGGUAGCAGCAAGGACUAUGUUAUUCUAGCGACAGAUUCCGGAAGGAUCACAAUCGUCGAAUACAUGCCCCAACAGAACAGAUUUGUUCGUGACAAGCUUGAAACUUUUGGAAAGUCAGGCGUCAGACGAGUGGUACCUGGACAGUACCUGGCUUGUGACCCCAAGGGCAGAGCCUGUCUGAUUGCAGCUGUGGAGAAGAACAAACUGGUCUACGUCCUGAACCGAAACUCUCAGGCAGAGUUGACGAUAUCUUCUCCACUGGAAGCCCACAAACCUGGAACUGUUGUACUAUCUAUGGUAGCCUUGGAUGUCGGCUAUGCCAAUCCGGUGUUCGCUGCCCUCGAAGUGGAGUACACUGAAGCCGAUCAAGAUCCUACUGGUGAGGCUGUUGCGGAGAUUGAGACACAGCUGGUGUACUAUGAACUGGACCUCGGUCUCAACCAUGUGGUACGCAAAUGGAGCGAGCCCGUGGAUCCCACUGCGUCUAUACUUUUCCAGGUACCAGGUGGCAAUGAUGGCCCUAGUGGAGUUCUGGUUUGUGGUGAAGAAAACAUCACUUAUCGUCACUCAAACCAGGAGGCAUUCCGUGUGCCAGUCCCGAGACGGAAAGGUGCCACUGAAGAUCCACAGAGGAAAAGAACGAUCGUGUCCGGCGUUAUGCACAAGCUCAAGGGCAGCGCCGGUGCCUUCUUCUUUCUCCUUCAGAGUGAGGAUGGCGAUCUGUUCAAGGUUACCAUUGACAUGGCCGAAGACGAUUCGGGAAAGCCUACUGGUGAAGUUCGUCGGCUGAAAAUCAAAUACUUCGAUACAGUUCCCGUCUCAACGAGUCUCUGUAUUUUGAAGAGCGGCUUCUUGUUCGUGGCUAGCGAGUUUGGCAACCAUCACUUCUACCAGUUUGAGAAGCUUGGCGACGAUGAUGAGGAGUUGGAGUUUGCCAGUGACGACUACCCCACCGACCCAAAGACGUCAUAUACACCGGCCUACUUCUACCCCAGGCCCGCUGACAACCUGAGUCUGGUUGAGAGCAUCAACUCUAUGAACCCGCUCAUUGACUGUAAGGUUGCCAACUUGACAGCGGAUGAUGCACCUCAGAUCUAUUCCAUCUGUGGCAAUGGCGCGCGUAGCACUUUCAGGACCCUGAAACACGGGUUGGAGGUCAACGAAAUUGUCGCGUCCGAGCUUCCUGGCGUACCGUCAGCUGUAUGGACCACCAAGUUGAGCCAAGAAGAUCAGUAUGAUGCUUACAUCAUUUUGUCCUUCAGUAAUGGCACACUCGUGCUCAGUAUCGGAGAGACGGUGGAGGAAGUCACUGACACUGGCUUCUUGUCAAAUGUCCCCACAUUAGCUGUCCAGCAGCUGGGAGACGACGGCCUGAUACAGGUCCAUCCGAAGGGCAUUCGUCACAUUCGCAAUGGACGAGUGAAUGAGUGGUCUGCUCCGCAACAUCGUUCAAUCGUUGCUGCAUCCACAAACUCACGGCAAGUGGCUGUUGCUCUCAGUUCUGGUGAGAUUGUCUAUUUCGAGAUGGAUUCUGAUGGCUCUCUGGCGGAGUAUGACGAGAAGAAAGAGAUGUUUGGUACAGUUACCUGCCUCAGCCUGGGCGAUGUGCCCGAAGGCCGUUUGAGGAGUUCUUUCUUGGCAGUGGGCUGUGACGACUGUACUGUCCGUGUGCUAAGCUUGGACCCGGAGUCAACUCUGGAGAGCAAGUCCGUGCAAGCUCUCACUGCAGCACCCACUGCCCUGUCCAUCAUGUCGAUGCAAGACUCUGCUUCCGGCGGAAGUACACUCUACCUUCACAUCGGUUUGUACUCGGGAGUAUACCUGAGAACAGUGUUGGACGAGAUCACCGGAGAGUUGACUGAUACACGUCAGAAGUUUCUUGGUCCAAAGGCUGUUAAGCUGUUCCAGGUUUCCGUUCAAGGGCAAACAUGCGUUUUUGCUCUGAGUUCAAGAACUUGGUUGGGGUAUUCAGACCCGAUUACAAAAGGUUUCAUGAUGACGCCUCUCGACUAUGACGACUUGGAGUGGGGCUGGAACUUUAGCAGCGAACAAUGCGAAGAGGGUAUGGUUGGAAUCCAAGGGCAAAAUCUCAAGAUCUUUUCCAUUGACAAAUUGGGUGAUACAUUGCUUCAAGAGUCGAUCCCUCUGACUUAUACGCCCAAACACCUUGUCAAGCACCCUGAGCAUCCCUACUUCUACACCAUUGAAUCUGAAAACAACACUCUUCCCCCGGAAUUAAGGGCACAGUUGUUGGCAGAUCCAUCAAAUGUCAAUGGUGACGCACAAGUCCUGCCGCCUCAAGAAUUUGGCUAUCCUCGCGGGCGUGGGAGAUGGGCAUCUUGCAUUAGCGUUGUUGACCCUUUGACAGAAAAGGCAGUGCUUCAGACUCUGGAUCUGGGAGAGAAUGAAGCCGCUGUUAGUGUUGCUACAGUUUCAUUUGCCAGUCAAGACAACAAGACCUUCCUCGUUGUCGGGACUGGAAAGGACAUGGUACUAAGUCCUCGUCAAUUUAGUGCUGGAUUCAUCCACGUCUACAGCAUCAGCGAGGAUGGCAAGGCGAUUGAAUUUAUUCACAAGACAAAGGUCGAAGAGCCACCAAUGGCACUUAUCCAAUUCCAGGGCCGACUCCUUGCCGGCAUUGGAAAGACUAUCCGUGCCUAUGACCUGGGUUUGAGGCAGCUACUCCGCAAAGCGCAAGCCGAGGUUGCACCGCAACUGAUAGUCUCCCUCCAAACUCAAGGCAGCCGCAUCAUUGUUGGUGACGUGCAGCAGAGUGUUACUUUUGUCGUUUAUAAGUAUGAGAGCAACAAACUCAUUCCAUUUGCAGAUGACUCCAUCAACCGAUGGACCAACUGCACAACAAUGGUAGACUAUGAGUCUGUUGCGGGUGGUGAUAAAUUUGGCAACGUCUGGAUCGUUCGAUGUCCUGAAAAGGCUAGUAUCGAAGCAGAUGAAGAUGGGUCUGGCGCACAUUUGCAACAUGCCAGGGAGUAUUUGCAUGGCACCAACCACCGUGUCAGUCUCAUGGCACAUUUCUACACUCAAGAUGUCCCCACCAGUAUCAGCAAGACCAACCUUGUCGUCGGUGGGCAGGAGGUCUUGCUAUGGAGCGGUAUCCAGGGUACAGUCGGUGUUUUUAUUCCGCUAGUGAGUAGAGAGGAUGUAGACUUUUUCCAGAGUCUCGAAUCUCACCUUCGGAGUGAAGAUCCCCCUCUGGCUGGUCGCGAUCAUCUUAUUUACAGGGGCUAUUAUGUGCCAGUCAAGGGUGUCAUUGAUGGUGACUUGUGCGAGAGAUUCGCUCUACUACCCAACGACAAGAAGCAAAUGAUUGCGGGAGAAUUGGACCGGUCUGUCAGAGAGAUCGAAAGAAAGAUUUCAGAUAUACGUACGCGCUCUGCUUUCUAA